UGAACACUCCUCCUACAGCUGCAGCUCAACUUUCUCCUUUGUUCCCGUCCCUGCUGGUUCUGGUCCUGGUCCUGGUUCUGGUCCUGGUUCUGGUCCUCCUGGUCCUGGUCCUGGUCUUAAUCCUGGUCUUAAUCCUGGUCCUGGUUCGGUUCCGUCCACAGAGAGGAGAAAGUACCGGAGUGAGCAGAUCUCCGGGUUCCGAGCGGCUCCACAAACCCCCGGCCCGCGGGGAGAGUUCGGGGCUGGAAAGUGUGGAGCUCUUACAUAAGAGACCCGGGGACAUAAAUGCUGAAUGAGCUCGGUUCUGACCCGCUCCGCGCUCCGCGCGUAAUUGUGCCACUGAGUUGAGUUUGCAGCAGGACGCACAUGGACGCACGGACCAUUUGGACUGGGGGAACAUGAAACUUGGAGACGGGUUCUUUUGGAAGAGCAGCCCGCAGCUUGAGGACGAGCCAGCAGAGGUUCGGAUGGAUUAUUGCCGCUGCGCCUGCGGGAGCAUGAAGUGUUGAUCUGCCUGGAUCUGAAGUGAAGAGAGACUCGCUCCUCUGGGUCCUGGUCCCCGGAUCAGGCCGGGUUUGGAUGAGCUGCAGCGCCGGUUCCCCCCGCGCUCACACCUGAAGAGAAGAGCCGCGGAUGAUCGCCGGGACGCCGCGCGCCGCGCAGCCGCGCAUGGAGCCCUGCGGGCGGCCACUGCUGCUGCUGCUGCUCGGCCUGCUGCCGAGACUCUGCUCCGCCGUCACCGACGACCGGAUCAUCUCCGACCGGUACGGGGUCUACUGGAACAGCUCCAACCCCAGGUUCUUCCGGGGCGACUACACGGUGGAGGUGGCCAUCAACGACUACCUGGACAUCUACUGCCCCCACUACGAGGGGGCGGAGUCGGCCGAGCGCAUGGAGCACUACGUGCUGUACAUGGUGAACUACGACGGCUACACCACCUGCGACCACCACCGCAAGGGCUUCAAGCGCUGGGAGUGCAACCGGCCGCAGAGCCCCGGCGGGCCGCUCAAGUUCUCCGAGAAGUUCCAGCUUUUCACGCCCUUCAGCCUGGGCUUCGAGUUCCGGCCGGGACACGAGUACUACUACAUCUCGUCGCCGCACCCGAACCUGGCCGGGAAACCGUGUCUGAAGCUCAAGAUCUACGUCAAACCCACCAACGACUCCGUGUACGAGUCUCCGGAGCCGUUCCUGACGGACGAGACCGGCGGCUGCAGCCUGGCCCUGCCGUCGGCCAUCUUGCUCUCCCUCCUCCUCAUCCUCGUCUUCGCCUCCUCGUAGCGACUUCUCAUCCUUCCCCUCCCCCGCUCGGCUCCUGGACGACCUGAGGACGUCGACCCGGCUCCCUCCCCGUGACCUCUGACCCCCAGUCCAGACGCCAAUCAGAGGAGUCGGCGGUGGGAGGAGCUUGUGGAGUUUCUGCAAACAUCUCUGAUCCGCGACGUUUGGAGAUCCACCACGUUGCUGACGUCCUUCAUCCUCCAGACUUUCACUCGACGGCUCCUCUAGUUCCUGGACUCGAGUCUUCCUGACUGAAGCUGAACCCAAAGACCACAGCAGUGCUUUAACGGGCUCUCGGGGGGGCUG